AUGUCUUCGUUCUCAAAUGAGGAUCAAAGUAAUGAUAAUCAGUCACAGGAAAAUAAUCUAAGGAAAGGGCCAUGGACAGCAGCAGAAGAUGCAAUACUGGCAGAAUAUGUGAGAAAACACGGACCAGGAAAUUGGAACAUAGUGCAGCAAAACACUGGACUACUUCGUUGUGGGAAAAGUUGUCGUUUAAGGUGGACAAAUCAUCUAAGACCAGAUCUAAGGAGAGGUGUAUUCAGCAAAGAAGAACAAAAGAAAGUCAUUCAGUUACAUGCGAUGAUGGGAAAUAAAUGGGCUAAAAUGGCACAGGAGUUGCCUGGACGAACAGACAAUGAAAUCAAGAACUUUUGGAACACUAGACUGAAGAAAAGGAAACGAGUUAGCUUAGAACUCUACCCAGAUGGCAUUAAACCUGUGCCUGAUGCCCACAACCCAAACACUACUCUAGCUACCUACAGUCAUCCUGACGAAGUAGUAGGGACAUCAUCUCAACAUGCCAUGUUAAAUAAUUUCCGUAACACUCAAAAUCAACCAUUCCCUGUACAACCAGUUUCUAUGGUACGUGAAAACAUGAAACCACCUCAAGAAAUGCAACCGUCUGAAAUACCUCGGCAACUACAACUACCUGAAGCAGGUAGAUCAUCUUAUGUACCACAUAUGGUGUUCAACAAUUCCAGUAACACACCAAAUCAACUACUACAUGUACAACCAAAUUCUAUGGUAAGUGGAAACAUGAAACCGUCUGGCAUACCUCAAGGAAUGCAACUGUCUGAGGUGCCUGAAGAACUACAACGACAAGGUACAUCAUCAUCUUAUGUACCACAUGUGGUGUUCAACAAUUAUAGUAACGCUCCAAAUGAACCACUGUGUGUACAAGCAAUUUCUAUGGUACGUGAAAACAUGGAACCGUCUGGCAUACCUCAAGGAAUGCAACUGUCUGAGGUGCCUGAAGAACUACAACGACAAGGUACAUCAUCAUCUUAUGUACCACAUGUGGUGUUCAACAAUUAUAGUAACGCUCCAAAUGAACCACUGUGUGUGGUACGUGAAAACAUGGAACCGUCUGGCAUACCUCAAGAAAUGCAACUGUCUGAGGUACCUGAGGAACUACAACUACCUGAAGCAGAUUUUGAUGCGUUACUCGGAGAUUUCGCGUAUGAUGACUAUGCAUGUUUAGAUGGCCUUUCUUCGACAUCAGAGUUGCCUCCAUUGCCAUCAUGUCAUGACUUAACAUUUGAAGAGCCAAUGAUAGUGAGAGGGAAUUCUCAGGCUGAGACUAACCAGUAUUAUGUGCCACGCUCUCCACGUAGCAAUGGGUAUUUGGAGUCUAUCUUUUAUCCACCAAAGGUUUCGCAAGAACAAGAUGAUUUUUCCAUGCAAGGGGAGUUGAAUAUGAGAAAUGCCACGGAAAUUUCCUACCAGAGAAAACCUGAAAAUGAACAUGUUUUGGGUGACUUGAUUUGGCCAGAGAAUCAACAUGAUGAUGCUUUAUAUGGCUAUCGUUCUUUUUUGAAACCUUAA